UCAAAGUAACAUUGUUUUAGCUUUAUAUAAGCUAAAACAACAUCGUUGUUGCAAUUAAUCUCUAUUCAAAUUCGAUGUACCAUCUCUAUAUUAUAAAGGUUCUAUAAUUGGUUUUUCUUGUCUCUUAAACAUGUGCGGCAUAUUUUGUACUGUAUCUUUAAACAGCAAAAUAAAUUUUUGGAAAAUGUAUAAUUCACUUAAUUUAACCAUGAAGAAUCGUGGUCCAGAUGCGCAUAACGAAAUAUUAUUGAAUCAUGAUUCUGGAUUUAUAUUUUUUGCUGGUUUUGUGCUAUGGCAACAGGGAGAAAAAUUGCAAAAACAACCCGUGGCUAAAAAUGAUUUUAUAAUAUUGUUUAAUGGAGAUUUAUACAAUAUUAACAAAUCGCUGUCUAUGUCAGAUACAACAUGGUUGGCGAACAGAAUUUCCGAAUGCCAUACCCAUGAAGAUUUAGUAUCCCUAGUCAAAGUAUUGGAAGGACCUUUUUGUUUAAUUAUUUAUAAUAAGGUCAAUCAAAUGUUAUACUUUGCACGUGAUACAUUAGGAAGAAAUUCAUUAAUUAUUGAACGCCAUCAGUCUGGGUUAAACUUAUUAAGUACCUCGCGUCAUUAUAGCAAAGAACAAUUGUCUUCAAUUGAAUUGCCUCCCUUGGGCCUUUAUCAAAUACGAGUUAAUGAUUUAUCAUCAUGUGUACUAUACCCAUGGCAACCAAUUAACGAAUAUACGGGACAACUUAUUCGCAUUCUUGAUCUAACACUGAAUUGGCAAACAAAAGUGAAGAAAAUCAUAUCGCCUUCUUGGCUACUAAGUCAUGAAACGCAGUUAUGCUACGAUUUCUAUAAAUAUGAUUAUAGCGACAACUUUAAAACAUUGUAUGAUAACUUGAUAAGCCAACCUCAAAUAAAGCUGGCUCUCGACAAUCUGGAUAUACUUCUAUGUGCCUCUGUUAAUGCUCGUAUUAAAAGUAAGCCCCCAUUUUGUUGUGUUUGUCUAAAAAGUAAACCAACUGAAUGCAGACAUGCUAAAAUUUGUAUUUUAUUUUCCGGCGGAAUCGAUUGUACUAUUUUGGCGUUUUUAUCUCACAAAUUACUUCCAAUAGAAGAACCAAUAGAGCUUAUAAAUGUUGCGUUUGAACGUAUCUCCGGGCCAAGUACUUUUGAGCAAGCUUGGAGUGUUCCGGACCGGAAGACUUCUUUAAAAUCUAUUAAUGAGUUAAAGCGCAUUUGUCCAGGACGGUGCUGGACGCUCUUGGAAGUCAAUGUAACUCGGUCUGAAUUGACAAACAUCCUUUCUACACAUAUUAAACACUUGAUAUAUCCACUCCAAAAGAUAUUAGAUGAAAGUUUAGGGUGCGCAUUUUGGUUUGCAUCGCAUUCUUCUAGUUCAACGUCUAGAGUCGCCAUUAUAGGUAGUGGGGCGGAUGAGUUAUUCGGUGGAUAUACUCGCCAUCGUAAUUCUUAUACUCGUUGUCAUGGUAAUGAAGCAGUCCGCCAAAAUGCGGUCAAAACAGAACUGGAAUUCGACUGGCAACGAAUACCAGCACGAAAUUUAGCUAGAGAUGAUCGUGUCAUUGCAGACAACGGAAAAACAGCUCGUGCCCCUUUCCUAGAAGAAAACUUUGUAGCAUUUGUAAGAUCUUUGGAACCAUAUCAAAAAUGUUGCUUUGCUUUUCCUGAAGGUAUCGGGGACAAAUUACUGUUAAGAUUGUACGGAUACAGAUUGGGGCUGACAGAUGUUGCUUUUUUAAAAAAAAAGGCUAUACAAUUUGGUUCCAGGAUUGCAAACAAGAAGCAAAAUGCAUCGCAAAAUUCAGACAUUUUAAUAUUUUAAUCGUAACAUAUAUAUGCAAUCUUAUUUCAUUAUUUGUUAAUCGUAUUUGAAAUAUAUUGUUAAGCUAAACGCAUA